AUGGCAUGGCAUGGCGUAUCCUUGCCGUCAAAAACCGCCGCACAUUUUGGUCAAGUGGGGCAAGCAUAUUUCAAGAUGGCCUACCGUUGCAUACUCCAAGAGGUUGCAAGCCGAGAGCGAGUCAAUGACGAGAACUUGCAGCCAGCAAACACCCAGGACAGGCCGACAGAUCACGACCGAGCACGCUUCGGAUUCAAACCUAGGAGUUUGCCCACCAAGCUCGAAGAGAAGGCCAAAAAGGACGAGGCUUCACCGGAAGAGGUUGAUUUGCAGGGACUGCUGCGCAGAACGAUCGGUGAUCCUGAUGAUGUGCUGCCAGUGCUGAGGCUGAAGCCAACUGCUGGCAAGUAUGACUUCAAAGAUAAGAUUGCAGAUCUUCAAGCUAUGAUUAACCCGUUGAAGAAUGCGGUCUCUGAUCAACGCUUGAAAGCCCGGGCUUUGAUCGAGGCCUUGCUAGGCACAGAGCGUGGCAUCAAUGACCAGCUGCGCGAAUCUGCGCAAGAAGCGGCCUCCCUUCGUCAUGAUGUGACCGAGGUCAACGACCGGCUCCACUCAACGCAGCAGGAACUGACAGCCCUCAGGGCUGAGCACAGCCGCUUGAAGAACAAUGCCGAGGGAGCAAAGCGGCGUGAGGUAUCUUUGGCAGAGCAGCUGAAGGAGGCAUCAAGCCAAGCCACAAAGCUGCAGAAGGACUUGGAGGAGCAAAGGAAAGCGGCCCAAGCUCACUCCGAAGAUGCAGCAAGAUACAAGCGAAAGUGUGAAGAGCUUGGAGACAGACACCGGGCGCAGAUGGAAGAGGCAGCAGAGCUGCUGCGGCGGCAGGUGAACGACACCAUGCAGGCCCAGGAGCAACUGGUGGAAGCGCACCGCAAGAAGGAGGCUGUCUUGAUUGCAGACUUCGAGAAGGCAAAAGAUGGCCUCAAGCAGGAGCACAGGCGUCAGAUGGCCGGGCUUGAGAAGACCAGCGAGAAGAAGGAGGCCUCAGGAAAAGCUGACUUGCAUGAGCUCCGCAAGUCGCAUCAGCAAGCCAUGAACGACAAGGACCUCGAGCUAAAAGCUGCCAUCAGUCAAAUGGAAGAUCUGACCAAGACCCACCAAGCGGCUGUGAAAGACAAAGACUUGGCUCACAGACAAAAGGACGAGAAGUUGUCCGCAAAGAUGGAACAGCUCGAGCAAGCGCACCAGGCCGAGCUGGAUCAGAAGGACGGCGCCAGCUGA